AAAAAAAAGAAAGAAAAGAAAAAGAAAGAAAAGAAAAAGAAAGAAAAAAUAGUCGAUUGAUUCGACUAUGACGUUGACGAUGAUAUCUACUAACGUCAGUCCGAUAAAUCAACUGGUAGAGUUCAGUCUUCGUCUUAUUGGUCUCUGGCCAGGUUAUUCCUAUGUAAUAGUUCAUCGUUUUUUAUGGGUAAUAACCAUGUGUUUAAUAUUAUUCUUUCAAUAUUGGUACAUCGUUAUACAUUUGACGUCUGGCGACUUGCCAGAUCUUAUGGAUUGUUUGAGUAUAACAAUGUCGAAUAGCGUGUUUUUUAUUAAAUUAAUUAUACUCUGGAUGAAAAAUCGUAUCUUCGAUGAUAUUUUGAAAAUGAUGACCGAUGAUUGGUUGGAUUCUAUCGAUAAAAAGGAAAAUCAUGAAACGAUGUCUAAUAGGGUACAGUUGUCACAACGUUAUUCGAGAUUCUUCGUCAGUUCUUAUUCCAUAGGGCUUAUUUUUUUCUCAUCUUUCGCAUUGUUCACGCAAGAAAAACAGCUGAUACUCAAGAUGGAAUUACCUUUCGACAUUACGAAAUCACCGAUCUACGAAUUGGUCAAUAUCGUUAUAUUUCUUCAAGAAUUUAUGGCUACGUCUAUGUCAAGUAUGCUAAGUGCAUUACUUGUGACUUUGAUACUACACGUUGACGGUCAAGUCGAGAUAAUAUGUCAUCAAUUAUCAGAUAUAUCGUCGUUGAUUCAAAAAGGCAAAUCCUGUAGUAAGAUAUUAAAACUUUCGAUUUACAAACAUCAAAGGAUCAUCAAUUUUACGGAUAAUAUAGAAAAUAUAUUUACGUAUAUAGCACUUAUUCAAUUUUUAUCGAAUACACUUGUUAUAUGUUCUCUCGGAUUUUUGAUAAUUACGUCAUUAGAUUCCGAGCAAAGAAACGUAAUCUUAGCAAAAACUAUACCAUAUUACGUUCUUGCAAAUCUCGAAGCAUUUGCACUUUGUUACGCCGGUGAAUAUCUAAGUUCUAAGAGCACAGAUAUCGAGAGAGCAGCUUAUCAUUCAAAUUGGUACGAAUUGGAUCCAAGUGAAAGUCGAUUUCUAUUGCUUCUAAUGAUCAGAUCACAAAAACGAUUUGUCAUAACUGCUGGAAAGUUUAUGGAUUUAUCGUUGGAAGUGUUUGCAAGCAUGUUAAAAGCAUCUGGAUCAUACGUGUCAGUUCUUUACGCGAUGUAUUAAAAAUCCUUUUAAUUAAAACAACAUGUUUUCACAACUAUUGUGUAAUAUAUAAUAAUAGAAUCUUCG